ACUGUGCAGGCAAACCUCUGCUCCUUGCAAGGCUCUGUAAAACAUAGCUUCUGUUCUGCAGAAAGAAUAGCAAAAUUGUCUUCUGGUUUUGGUAUGAUGCUGGAAAAGUGUUCCUUCUGUAAAAAAGGGGAAUGUAUUAAACCUGUAAAAGUGGAAAAAAAGCCUGGAAAAGCAGCAGCGAAGAUCAGAAUUGAAGCAGAUGGAAGCUACUUUCAGAUCAAUCAGGAUGGAGGAGCACAAAAACUGGAAAAGGCUAAAAUUACUCUGAACGACUGUUUAGCUUGUAGCGGCUGUAUCACAUCAGCAGAGAGCGUUUUAAUCACUCAACAAAGCCAUGAAGAGCUCUGCAAAAUGCUAACUUUUAACAAGACCGCUGCUCCCAACGAACAGAAAUUGGUGGUGGUUUCUGUUUCACCACAGUCCAGAGCUUCACUAGCUGUGAGAUGUAAAAUGGGUGUUCUGGAAACAGCAAAGAAGUUGACCUCAUUCUUAAAGAGUUUAGGUGUGCACUAUGUUUUCGAUACAACUUUCUCAAGAAACUUCAGCCUAUUGGAGAGCCAACGAGAGUUUGUAAAACGCUUUCGAAAGCAAUCUGAAGACAAAAAGGCUUUGCCGAUGCUGGCUUCUGCCUGCCCAGGUUGGAUUUGCUAUGCAGAGAAAACCCAUGGCAGUUUCAUCAUUCCUUAUAUCAGUACCACCAAGUCUCCACAGCAGGUCAUGGGCUCCUUGGUCAAGGGCCACUUUGCAGAGCAGCAGCGCCUAACGCCUGACCAGAUAUACCACGUAACAGUGAUGCCCUGUUAUGACAAAAAGCUAGAGGCUUCAAGGCCAGACUUUUUCAACCAAGAGUACCAAACUCGUGAUGUGGACUGUGUCAUCACCACAGGAGAAGUGCUAAAGCUGUUGGAAGAAGAAGGAGUAUCUCUAUCAGAUGUAGAUCCUGCUCCUUUGGAUACCAUGUUCAGUUGUGCUGCAGAAGAGGAGCUCACGGGCCACUCUGGAGGUGGCUCUGGGGGCUAUUUGGAGCACAUCUACAAGUACGCAGCCAAGGAGCUCUUUGGAAUUCAAGUGGAUACAAUUCAGUACAAACCUUUAAAAAACAAGGACUUCCAGGAGGUGACACUGGAGAGGGAUGGAGUAGUCCUGCUCCAGUUUGCUUUGGCCUAUGGAUUUCGAAACAUACAGAACUUGGUGCAAAAGCUGAAACGAGGGAAAUCGCCCUAUCACUAUGUUGAAGUCAUGGCUUGCCCCUCAGGCUGCUUAAACGGAGGUGGUCAGAUCAAACCAGAUGGUGAAUCCAGCAAGGACCAGCUCCAGCAGGUGGAGAGGUUGUACGAGUCCCUUAAGAGUGAGAUCCCCGAGAAGAACCGGACUGUGAGCGCGCUGUACGAGCAGUGGCUGGGGGGCGCGGGGUCAGAGGGGGCUGCCAGAGCUUUGCACACACAGUACCACGCCGUGGAGAAGGCAAACACUGGAUUUAACAUCAAAUGGUGAAGGACUGACGCUGUGAAGCCCAGAGACAGACACUCAGUGCCUUUGAAACUCAAUUAUAUUAUUUAAGAUUCUCAAAAGACCGCUACAGUUCUGUGCCAUCACUGGGAGUUGGUAAUUUCUGACUCUUCAUUAGGGAUCAGAAGGUAAUGUGCAUAUGGACAGGCAAUAGUAAUUCCUACAGCUUUAUCAUUAUCAAAGUGAUGUAAAUAAAAAACAAACACUACUUAAAACACGUCAAAAAAAGCAAUAAUGCAUCCCAGCCCCUGCACAGCCUUUAAGGACUAAAUGGGAACUCCCUUUACCACCCUGUUCCUGCCAGAACUGGUGGAUUUAAGGUACUGAAGGAUGUGGGUUGCUGUAGCCUCAGCGAGAUGAGCUUUAUGCUACAUGACAGUAUUACUGGUCCAGGCCUUGCUGUAUGUCACAGGGCUGUGUUUUAUGGCUGUCUCUGUCGGGACAUCCUCAUUUAGUUAUAAAUGGUCUAAUUAGACCUUGGGAUCUGUUUUUCCAUCUCGCUGCCCCUGACUGGCUGCCCUUGAGGCCCAGCUGCAGCCUCCCUGCCCUGUCAGAGGGGGUGGGUACCAGCAGCCUGGGAUCACGUGAGAAGCAUCAUCUCCAGGGCUGUUUUAUUGCCUGCUGAAAUGUGAAUUGAAUGAAUGCUUCGAAAGAACAAGCUAGAGUGAUUUAUUUUUUUUUCCCCUUUAAUUACAACGAUUGUCUCUAACUGUGGGCAAUUACAUCUCUCUUUCUCUCCCUAAAUACGCAGUGGAGAGAGUCACAGAAUUGUCACAUCCACCUAAUCCUCAACAGCCACUUACUGAUGGGUAAUAUCCUUAAAUUCAGAGAAAGCAAUUUUUUUACAGCGUUUCAAGUAAGAAUUUAUUGCCAGCUUCCUUUCCACGGAAGGGCAAAGUCCUUGGUGUCUCUGAAAGGUGUUCCUUUACACGAGAUAAUCGAAGGGGGCUGUGAGAUGUCAUCGUUACCAGCAGCAGUUUAGCAGAACAAUCCAGAGGUUAGUAACAACACAUCUGGUUUAACGCAGCGUGCCUUGCUGGGAGACAGAUGGAUGUGAAACAGAUUGGGUCUGUUGUUACUGGAGGUGACGUGUGCUUGUCUUGCUGUCUGGAUUUCCACAUACGGGUAUUUUCAGAACUAUUCAGAGAAACAACUGAAUGAAUAACUUUCUUUUGGUCUA